AUGGCUGCUGCAGCUGUUCACCCUAUUCAGCGUCCGCUGAAGGGCUCGCGGAUCUCGUCGUUUUACCCUGUGAAGGACAUUCCACCAAUUUCGGCGCUCGACAGCGCGUUCCAGCUGCAGGAGUACAUCUCGUUGCUCAUUCGAAAAGACGUGCAUGACGUCGACUCCAUCGUGUCAAUACCAGGAAAAGGCAAGCAGCGGGAGGGAAGCGACAGCGAGGGCGCGAAGGGCGACGAUGCAGAGAACGCAGAGAGCAAGGAAGUGACGGUGGACGAGGCGUGCUGGAUCUACGAACAGCUGCGGCGACUUGCGCAGGAUCUCUCUCACCCGCUCAUCACGAUGCUGCAGCAGGAAUGCACGCGUCAGACGUGUCCCGAGAUGAAGGCUGGAGAGUGGUUGUACCUCUGCGUUGCUCACGGCACUGAAGGCGCAAUGGAGCAAUGCUGCGCCAUCGACUAUAUCUUGCACACGCUCGACAGCGCGACCUCGCUCCUCAACUCCCCGCGUAACUUCCCGUCCCGCCUCUCUAUCCCCGCACCUUCGCACCGGCACUUCUCGUCUCUCGCCCGCCGACUCGGACGAAUCUUCGCGCACGCGUACUUCCAUCACCGCGCCGCCUUCGCGCAGGCCGAGGCAGAGAGCGCGCUCUAUGCGCGCUUCCUCGCGCUCACUUCGCGUUUCGACCUCGUCCCAGCCGAGUUCCUCGUCAUCCCGCCCGGUAUCGUCGGCUAUGAGGAGCACGACGGCCCAGACGAGUACCCGCGCAGCAUGCUCGGUGCCGCGCUUGACCCGCGCCGUGAGCGGGAGCGCGGCCGUGAGGACGAGCCGCGCGGCGUGCUGCACGUAGACGCGCUCGGGGAGUCGUUGUCUGGAGGCGACGAGCGGCGCGAGCCAAGCCCGCGGAAGAUGGGUAGGAGCAGGACGGACACGAUGGUGCACAGCGAGAUGGCCAGUGUCGUGGAGGAGCUUGGGCGCGCCGCCGCUGCCGAAGGUGAGGCAGAGGGAUCCAGAGAACGCGUGCCUACGAUCCGCGCGAGUGACGUGCAAAAGAAGGCAGAGGAGCAACCGGAGACUCAGACGGCGGAAGAGUCGGAACCCGCGAUCGAGACGGACCCUCCUGUUGAGACGGAAGAUACUGCUGAAGAAGAUACCCAAGCCCAAUCGAGCGACAUUGCUGAACAGGUUGAGGUCGAACCCGAGACAGCCUCAGAAGAUAUUGCGCAGCCGGCUGAAGAAGUCCCUCCCACAGAGGAAGCUGAUAUCGCGUCAGCUGAAACUGCUCCCACCGACGAGUCUGAUAUUGCGUCGACCGAAACUGCUCCCGCCGACGAGUCUGCCGAGCAGCACGAGGAAACGCCCUCAGAAACACAGCCCGAGCCAACUUCGGAGGCGGAGCAGGUCGCGCAAGAGGCGACCGAGACCGAGGAGGAGACGACGGCGAACGCAGAAGAGCUAGUUGCAGACGUCGUCGCUGAACCCGAGGCCGCUGCUGAAACAAGGGGCGACGAAGAGCUAGAGCCCCUGCUGGCGGACGAGGAGGCCCAGCACGAGCCACCUGUCGAAGCGUCUGAGGCGGCGCCCGCUGAGGAGGCGUCUGCUGAGGAGGCGGCUGAGGUAGAACAGGUGCAGGCCGACCUUGUGGAAGAGGUGCCGUCGGAGGCUUCCCAGGAGACGACGGAGACCGAAGAAGACGCGGUCACUGUUGCGGGAGAAGAGGUGACCGAUGUGCAUCCCACGACGGACACCGCGGAUAGCGAGGAGGCUUGA